CCCGCACUACGCACAUCUCCACAUAAUAACGCGAAAAAAAGUUAAAAAAUAUAACGAAACUACACGAAAACAAUGGAUAAGCCGUGGCGAGAACGGAGUGAGCUCGGCGUGGCACCUUGGGACACUGAAUACAUUAAAGAUCACAGCAGAAAUUUGAAUGUAGAAUCCACUACCGCUUUAGUUGACAAGGAACUGGGUAGCCCACAAGCUCGAGUGGCAAUGGAAAGAUGGAGUGGGAAUAGCAACGCUUGGAGUGCGGCGUUGGGAGCGAUGGGUGGUGCGGGGACUGUGCUGCUGUUUGCAGCGGUCCUCUUGGUGUGGCGACGACCGCGCCGGACCGAACCCCAUACGUUGGCACCAAUGGAUGUUGGUCAAAACGAGAUGCUGAUUCCGAAGGAGCAAUGCCGAGUGCAGCCGCUGACCGAGGUGCGCACGGCUAGCUCGCUGCCGCACGCACGGCUAGCGCGCACGCCAUCUAUCUCCUCGCAGAGUAGUCUCGACAGCGGAACCUCAAGGGCCACUAGUCACCGCGGCUCGUCACCAGCUAUCCGCACUUUCGCUCCGGACGGUCGGACGUUGGAAGCUGGCAGCACGGGCAUACCGCGAUCUCCGUCUCCUCUACGAGCUGCCUCACUGGACGUGCGUGCUGCAUCCCAUGCCCACGGCUCAUUAGCCUCGCUUGCAGACUCUCCCGCACCUUCCAGCCCGAGACACGUGCCUCCAAGGUGCCUGUCCCCGCUGCUUAUGCCGCCUAGUGCCCUGGGAGCCCUGCAACCCGACCUCUAUACCAAGCGGGAGGCUCCUCUCGUCAUAGAACUGGAAGGCGCAGGGCCCUCGCUCGGCAGAAUACAUCUACGAUUAAAAUACGACUUUGACAGAUCUGAUUUAGAGGUUCAUCUCAUUGAAGCGCACGACCUCGCGGGUUACGAAGCAGGAGGUUUCAACGACCCCUACGUGCGCGUCAGCCUACUGCCCGAGGUGGACACGCGCGUGCGCCAGACACCUGUCCACAGGAAUGAGGCCAACCCCUUCUUCGACCAGCACUUCAAGUUCCCGGUAUCACAUGACGAACUGGGUGACAAAACUCUCCUGCUUCAAGUGUUUGAUUAUGACAGAUUUUCUCGCAACGAAGUGAUGGGCUCAGCGAAGGUGCCCCUGUGCCGUGUGGAGGUGGCGGGCGGCGCGGAGGUGUGGGCCGAUGUCACGUAA